CACUCGCCCCAGUUGCGGGCACGAGUUCCCGAAGGGCCUGCACAGGACUGCGAGCAUGUCAUCACCUCCUGCUGCCGCCUCUUGCUUCCUCCUUCACUGCUCUGCUUCCUGUCUCACUCCCCAGCUUCCUCUUUUGCUCGUAGGCCUCGCUCUCAUCAACAACACCGACACGAGUGAGAGCGAGACGGGCCAGAGACGACGGCGAGCAAGACGAGCACAGGCCCAAGACGACAGCGAGCGAGCAAGACCGCCGGGGACGAGCGCGGAGGAAGGGUGACUGCAGGUGCAAGAUGAGCUCGUGAGCAAGGUGUGUUUGCUCACCGUGUUGCGUGAGACGAGUGCUGACUACUUCUGCGACAAGCACACGACGGUGCGAGGA